AAUGUUCAAACAAUUUUGAUUUAUGAAAGCAGAAGAGAAAAAUGAAGCGUGUACACUUGAAUUUACCUCUACUCCAAUCAAAGCCUGCACAGAGACACCGCCUCAUUGAAGAUAAGCAGUGAUUAGAGGCUAAGGAACAUUGUGAAAAGCAUCUCUCCAGCAUGAAGUCUAGGAUUUCUUGUCGGCAGUCGUCAAAGAGGGUGGCCCAUCACUUUGAUCCCGCUUCUCAGUACGUGGCCUUGUUUACUUGCCCUUCUAACCUUCAGUUUCCAAGGCACUCCAUCUUCUAGCCAUGUAUAAAUGUUUGUGAUAACUCCCAGAUUAAUAAUAUUCGAGCAUUUAGAGUAUACUUUUUUUCACAGCAUUCCAUUUCUCUCUUUGAUAUUCUCUGAGUCUUAUAUCGAAGACUACUAGGUUACUAGAUACUUAUAUAAUUUGGACAUUAAGUGAUAAGAUCAUCAUGGUAAUCUCUACUGCCGCAACAGAUUCUGAUGAGAAUUCGUACUCCACUUUUGCUUCCAGAUAUGUACGCACUGCACUUCCAAGGUUCAAGAUGCCAGGGAAUUCAAUGCCAAAGGAUGCAGCGUACCAAGUGAUAAAUGAUGAGCUGAUGCUGGAUGGUAAUCCAAGGCUCAACUUGGCAUCUUUUGUGACAACAUGGAUGGAGCCUGAGUGUAAUGAUCUCAUCAUGGCUUCCAUUAACAAGAAUUAUGUCGACAUGGAUGAGUACCCUGUUACCACAGAGCUCCAGAAUCGAUGUGUAAACAUAAUAGCCCACCUGUUCAAUGCUCCUGUUGGAGAAAAAGAAACUGCAGUUGGUGUCGGGACUGUGGGAUCAUCAGAGGCCAUAAUGCUGGCUGGAUUAGCUUUUAAAAGGAAGUGGCAGAAUAAGAGGAAAGCAGAGGGCAAACCGUACGAUAAGCCCAACAUAGUCACAGGAGCUAAUGUGCAGGUUUGCUGGGAGAAAUUUGCAAGGUACUUCGAAGUUGAGCUGAAGGAGGUGAAGCUGACAGAAGGGUAUUAUGUGAUGGACCCAGUCAAAGCGGUUGAGAUGGUGGACGAGAACACAAUCUGUGUGGCAGCCAUUUUGGGAUCAACACUUACUGGAGAGUUCGAAGAUGUGAAGCUUCUCAAUGACCUCCUCUCCAAAAAGAACAAGGAGACUGGUUGGAACACGCCAAUUCAUGUUGAUGCCGCCAGUGGAGGGUUCAUUGCUCCUUUCAUUUGGCCUGAUCUUGAAUGGGACUUUCGUUUGCCAUUGGUGAAGAGCAUCAAUGUUAGCGGUCACAAAUAUGGCCUUGUUUAUGCUGGUGUUGGUUGGGUUGUUUGGAGGACCAAGGAGGACUUGCCAGAUGAGCUAAUAUUUCACAUCAACUACCUUGGAUCUGAUCAACCUACUUUCACCCUCAACUUUUCGAAAGGUUCAAGUCAGAUAAUUGCUCAAUAUUAUCAGUUUAUACGGCUUGGCUUUGAGGGUUACAAAAGAAUAAUGGAGAACUGCCUGGAGAAUGCGAGGGUGUUGAGAGAAGGAUUAGAAAAAACAGGGCGGUUUGACAUUGUCUCCAAGGAGAAGGGUGUGCCUCUUGUGGCCUUUUCUUUGAAGGACAGUAGCAAGCAUACUGUAUUUGAAAUAGCUGAGAGUUUGAGAAGGUUCGGGUGGAUAAUCCCAGCGUAUACAAUGCCAGCUAAUGCGCAACACAUUGCUGUCCUCCGUGUGGUGGUCAGGGAGGACUUCAAUCGGAGUCUGGCGGAGAGACUUGUCUCGCACAUCGAGCAAGUCUUGAAGGAAACAGACUCACUUCCUAGCCGUGUCGCUGUUCAAGCAUCGCACGUUGUUGCUGUUGACGAAACAGAAGAUAACAUGGAUGACCAGAAGACUGUUAAAAAGAGUUCAAGGGAAAUACAGGAGAAAGUCACCCUGUACUGGAGGCGGUUUGUCAGUGACAAGAGAACUGGAGCCUGCUAGUGCUCAUCUGAGCAUCAAUCUCAUACUGCUAAAACAUUAUGGUCAACCUGGUGGUGGUUUGUGAUAUUAAGCUACUAGCAUUUUAUGGCUCAUAUUAUCUUCUGGUGUUCUUUGUGCUGUACUUGAAACAUCAGAUUGAAAAUCUUUAAAUAAAACAGGUCUUCCUCCA